AUGAAAGUUGCUCAAGGUUAUUAUAUUGCUUCUAUGUGCUCUGUUUGCAAGCAAAAUCAAGAUAGCAUGCCUCACCUUCUAUGGUCCUGCAACUUCAGCUUAAAAAUUUGGAAGUGGUUAGGUAACAUUUUCAACUUUCCUAUUCCUGUUUCAUUUGAAAACAUCAUACAUUGUGCAAAAAACCAUAGUCCCAUAGUCAGAGAAAUAUGGACUACUGCAGCUUUCUGCAUCAUGAGAGAACUCUGGUUUCUUAAAAAUAGGAUUAUGUUUGAAAAUGUGCAACCAAAUGAAAAUGAUUUCAUAAGCAGAAUUCUAUACUUGGUUCACCUUGGUGGGUACAUGAUGAAAGGAAACAGAUGGAGUCAAGACUAUGACUCCCAAAUUUUAAACUUCUUUCAAUUGGGUCACAUGAGUAUUAAAUUCACUGCUAUUAAAGAGUGUAUCUGGUUGAAUCCACCUAAAGGAUUUGUUCUGUUUUGCUGUGAUGGAGCUGCAGCAGGAAAUCCAGGGCUUGCAGAUUUUGGCAUAAUAACAAGGGACCAUGUUUGUGCUGUUCUUGGUACUAUCUCAGGAGGUAUAGGAGUUGCUUCAAACUAUAUUGCUGAGUCACUUGCAAUCAUUUGGGCUCUUGAGUGGUCUGUAAAAAUGCAACAUGAUAAUAUUAUUAUUAGAUCAGACUCAAAAUCAGUGGUAGAAGAUUUCUAG